AUGUCCGGGCUCAACCGGGCAUUUAGUUACAGCGAAGGUGAUGACGGGUCGGUGGUCGCAGGUUCACGCCAGCGGUUAUCCCCAGAAGAGGGACGUCUCAUGGACGGCAGCAACGAGUACAGCGCCAUGGACAUGAACCGUACCCCCACACUACACCAAAGACCGAGUCAAACGGAUAGCGACGGACCUUUGGAGACAGUGCCGGAGAACCGGAGCGUAGAACACACACGCACCCAUUUCACCGCAACGCCGGGGAUGGACAACAUGGGCCCUUCAGCCGUGGGUGGAGGCAUCAGUGGUAUCGCCCUGGGCGUUGCCAACACCCAUGACCGUCAGAGUGGAGUUGACGCUUUCAGGGAAACAGCCGGUCCGUUGUACAAUAUUCCCGCCGAACGAGACUACCACACCACGGGGGCCGAGAAUCCUUACGUCCCUGCACCACCGCCCGACGCGGAGGAAACGGUUCAUGCCGGCUCGGGUACUCUGCGGCCGCGCGACUCCUAUGGGUCUCAUGUCGCGCUUCGUACGGCGGGUGCAGUCACAGGGCACUCGACCCCAGCUGCAACGCCUUCUCAGCACAGUUUUCAAGAUAGUCCCUAUCAAGGGGUCGGUGCGUUCAGUGAGGGCCCGUACCAGCGGCAGUCGGUAUACUCUACGCAGAAUUACCCACUCACCUUCAACCCGGAUGAAAUCGCAGAUGACGGGGACGAUGGAUUUGUCAAUGUCGCACCAAAGGGGGUAUCGCCGUCAAGGGAUCACAGUUUGCACGGGACAGCCGGUGCUGCUGCGGUCGGUGGAGCUUCAGCAGGUGGUAUCCUAAGUGGGCUCCGAGGCUUGUUCGGAGGGGGGAAGAAAGACUCCAGUCCGUCGUACGGACCUGUGCCUGGCGUGGGUCUGGAAGCAACCGAGAAGGGACCCAGAGCGGGCUCGAUAGCCGGAGCAAGCAGGCGGAAGCGCGCAUGGAUUGUGGGACUCACUCUCGCAUUCAUUAUUGUGGCCGCCAUUGUCGGGGGAGCGGUCGGCGGCAUUUUGGGUCAUCGGAGUAGCGAGGCUCCCGCUUCGGCAAAUGGUUCGGACAGUUCCGCGGACGGCUCUUCGGACUCGUCGGACUCGUCGGAUGGACUACUCGACAAAGAUUCUGCGGAGAUCAAAGCGUUGAUGAACAACGCUAACCUGCACAAGGUUUUUCCUGGGUUGGAUUAUACACCCUGGGGAGUACAGUACCCGCUUUGCUUGAAGUAUCCUCCAUCCCAGAAUAAUGUCACGCGCGACCUCGCUGUGCUCUCACAGUUGACCAACACCAUUCGACUAUAUGGAACAGACUGCAACCAGACGGAAUUGGUGCUGACUGCUAUCGACCGCCUCGAUCUGACCGACAUGAAGCUUUGGCUGGGUGUGUGGAUCGACAGCAACCAAACGACCAGCGACCGCCAGGUCAAGCAGCUCUUCAACAUCAUUGAUGUAGCUAACAACACCUCAAUCUUCCAAGGAGCUAUAAUUGGUAACGAAGCUUUAUAUCGGGCAGGCCCGGACAUUGCCACGGCCCAGAAAACCCUGAUCAGCUACAUGACCGACGUCAAGAACCACUUCAAGCAGAACAGCAUCGACUUGCCGGUUGGCACGUCAGACCUAGGUGAUAACUGGAAUCAGGAGCUGGUCGAUGCCGCAGAUUUCGUCAUGUCAAACAUUCAUCCGUUCUUUGGCGGUGUUCAAGCCGCCGAGGCAGCCAGUUGGGCUUGGAGUUUCUGGCAAAAUCACGAUGCUCCACUGACCGUCGGCACCAACAAACAACAAAUCAUUUCCGAAGUGGGGUGGCCUAGCGGUGGAGGGAAUGACUGUGGUGAUGGUGAUAAUUGCCAAACUGACACGCAGGGAGCUGUGGCAGGCAUCGAUGAAAUGAACCAAUUCAUGGCGGAUUGGGUCUGCCAGGCACUAGAGAACGGGACUGAGUAUUUCUGGUUCGAGGCCUUCGAUGAGCCUUGGAAAGUUCAGUAUAACACAAAAGGCCAAGAAUGGGAGGACAAAUGGGGGCUGAUGGAUGCGGCUCGCAAGCUGAAACCGGGACUGAAAAUCCCCGAUUGCGGCGGCAAGACCGCGGCAUGA